GGGAUUGGGAUAAUUUUCCGUCUAUGGAUGAUUAUACCUAUGAUGAUGCCGGUUUGGACCCGAUGCCAAAACAUUCCGAGCGUAAAAAGCGUGAAAUUAUUGCGGAGACUACAGAUGGCGUUCCGAUCUAUACACAGUCGUAUGCUGACGCUAGGCAACUCAAUGACAGUGGCAGCAGGAGACGAGUUAAAACAACGCGGAGAAGUCACACGACUGCAGCGCCACUUCCACUGGCGUCUGUACCUGUUAUACAAGCUGGAUAUCAUAAUCCUGCGUGGCCUUCAACAAAUCAAAAACCCGAAUUGAAGCUGUAUGCAGAAUUGGAUAAUAAUCAAGUGUCCAUAACCUCAAAACCUAUCAUAACAAGAUCAUCUAGAGUUAUCGUAACGCCUGAUGUGUCUGAUGUCACUGAAGAACAACAAGUAAAAGCAAGACCGAGGGUUAAAUCAUUGGAAACACGGAGUUAUCAGAGCCAACAAUCAGAUGAAUUGAAUACUUAUAGUAAUAAUGGACGAAAUUAUCGACGACGCAUGCCUGUACAACCAACACAACGUCAACGGGUUGUGGAGAGCUUUGAGGAAGAUGUAGCACCUGUAGUGCCUACAAUUGUGAGACCCACGCGACGUCACAUGCCAGCUGCGCAUUUUCACGGGGAUACAUCCAAAUAUGCUUUGGGUGUGCAUCAGAAUUAUCACGGUAAUGGUCAUUUAAAGCAUUUGGAUAGAACUUAUGUGGAUUGGAUCUCAAGCGAUUGGAUGAAAGACACAAACCAAGAUGGCGUCUUUGAUUUUACAAAUGGUGUGCUUACCAUAAACGAAGACGGUCUUUAUUUUGUUUAUUCACAGAUAUUUUAUGUGGAUGAUCACGACUUGAACGGUUACCACGUGUAUCGCAAUCAAGAAAUGAUUCUCCAGUGUACAACAAUGACGCAUUCGACCACUCGCGUGCGUAAAAGCAACACGUGUUACACGGCCGGCGUGGAGAAGCUUGCUGCUGGCGAUCGAGUCUACGUGCGUGAUUUAUCCAAUGAGCGUUUGUCUUUGUUCGAGAAAGGUAAGAGUUUCUUUGGGGUUUUGAAACUGUCGGAUAUGCGUGUUAAAUAAUACUAAUUUGAUACAAGAAAACAAACAGUAACUGAAAAAAAAGAACAAUUUAAGUUAAUGGUAUAAUGUUUACAUUGUAUUUAUUUUUAUCGAGUUAAUAUUAAUAUUACGAGUGGUUUUGUAUGUAAUAUAUAAUAAACAGUAACAGUAUUUUACAAAUUAAA